AUGGAACCCUGGCAGCAUGGGUCCUUGCAUGUCAGUCUCUUAUCUCUGACCGCUGCGAUCUUAAUUGGGGUGGGCGUUGUGAUACAUCGUUUGCUCGGCAUCGACUACGACCCUCGAGAACCUCCUCUCAUCAAAUCUAGAAUUCCGUACGUUGGCCAUAUCCUUGGCAUGUUCAGAUAUGGCGCAAAAUAUUUCGAUGUUGUGAAUCGCCAAUAUAGUCAUCCCAUCUACACCUUGCCGACACCCAACGUCCGACAGUAUAUUGUUGCCUCCCCGCAGCUAGCAGCACAGCUUCAGCGCUCACACAAGGAUUUAUCUUUUUAUAAUGCCAUCUUGGAGGUCACAAGGCGAAUGAUUGGAUUGAACCCGUCAACAAUGAAGAUUCUUGCACACAACGUCGACGGACACGGCGGUAGCGAUGGACUGAUGCCGGCCAUGCACGAUAUGCUUCAGAGUGUCCUUGGUAGGGGUGAGACAUUACAGCAGCUCACAAAGUCUCAAAUGUCGAUAUUCUCAGACGCACUCAGCAGUAUUGCUGUUGACGGCACCGCCAUGGAGACUGACUUACUUUACUGGCUUCAAAACGUUUUCGCCCAGUGCAACAUCGACACCUUGUACGGACCCGAAAACCCAUUCGCACUGGAUAAGUCAUUGAUUAGAUCAUUCUGGGACUUCGAGGUUGGCAUGCUCGGUUUGAUCGUUGAUGUACUGCCCGCCAUCACCGCAAGAAAAGCCUAUAUGGGCAGAGAAAGGGUUGUCAGAGGUCUGAUCGAGUACAUCCAACGAGGAAGUUACAAAAAAGCCUCUGUCGUUAUUCAGAAUCGAGUCCGCCUAAACUUAGGACAUGGUCUAAGCGAGGAGGAAUCUGGACGGGCUGAAACCAUUCUCUUCUUCGCGAUUCUCGGCAAUGCUGUUCCAUCCACGUUCUGGAUUAUCGCCAACAUAUUCAGCCGGCCAGAGCUGCUAGCCGAAUUACGCCAAGAGUUGGAAAACUGUACUUUUGUGCUCGAGGAUGGAAGUCGGACGAUUCGGGUCUCCAGUAUCAAGUCCGCUUGUCCGCUCUUUGUUUCAACAUAUCGAGAAACCUUGCGCCUCAUCGGAAACUUAGCAUCGAUCCGCUACGUGAUACGCGACACUGUCGUGGGAAAGCAGUAUCUGAAAGGGAACUCGCUUGUUCAAAUGCCCGGCUGCGUCAUUCACCGUGACCCAAGAACAUGGGGCGAGGAUAGCUCGGAGUUCAAACCCAGACGAUUCAUGAAGUCUGCAAGCACGGCCGGGAACACCGAGGACUUGACAGAGGCAGAUGCUAAAGAGUCUACAGCAACGCAGCUGCCGCCUGGUGUUCCAGGAGCCGCUUAUAGGUUGUUUGGUGGAGGAAGCGUGAUAUGCCCUGGCCGACAUUUCGCGCAGAGCGAGAUUCUUGGCUUUGUCGCAUAUCUGAUUAUGGCUUUCGAUAUGACCGGGCCUAAUGGCAGAACGUUGGUCCUCCCAGAGAAGAAUGAGGACGCAAUUCCGCUGAGUGUCUUGAAGCCUAAGCAAGAUGUCAGGGUACGAAUUGCCCGGCGCAAUGGUCUGGAGAAGGCUCGCUGGACCAUAAGCGCUUGA